CCUUUACCAGCCGAAUAAUCCGUCGAGAUGGCAUCCAAGAGAGGUCGCGCCGCCACCGGCAACAAGCUUAAGAUGACCCUCGGUCUCCCUGUCGGAGCCGUCAUGAACUGCUGCGACAACUCCGGCGCCAGGAACCUGUACAUCAUCUCCGUCAAGGGCAUUGGCGCGCGCCUCAACCGUCUCCCGGCCGGUGGUGCUGGCGACAUGGUCAUGGCCACUGUCAAGAAGGGAAAGCCUGAGCUGAGGAAGAAGGUCAUGCCCGCCGUCAUUGUCCGCCAGAGCAAGCCCUGGAGGAGAGGCGACGGCAUCUACCUCUACUUCGAGGACAACGCUGGUGUCAUCGUCAACCCCAAGGGUGAGAUGAAGGGCUCUGCCAUCACCGGCCCCGUUGCCAAGGAGGCUGCUGAGCUCUGGCCCCGUAUUGCCAGCAACUCCGGUGUUGUCAUGUAAAAUCGUUUUCGGCUUCGGGGUUUCCUUGGUUCUUUUUCGUGGGAAAAGGCGACGUGCAUUGGUCGCUAGGUUCAUAUGGGGAAGCACUACUUGAACAAGUAGCAAUCGAAACGAAACAUGAACACCA